CGAGAUCCUGGCGAGAGAGGUUCCAAUAUGGCGGCCAGCUGUUGUGGAGUGAAAAAACAAAAACUAAACAAUUCGAUGCCUGCCUCUAUGUGCUGUAAUGGAUCCUCAGUUCAUCCAAAUGGUUACAAACACAACUAUUCUGUGGCUAGUAUAGAGAUGUGUAUAUUUUGUUUUGACGUACUCCAUAGCCAUCUUCACAGUUAUGAACCACCCAAAAACCCGUCUUUCACUAAUGAAGCCUUUCCCUUGUUUGUGACCUGGAAAAUCGGUCAUAGCCGUCGUCUGCGAGGUUGCAUCGGAACCUUCACCUCUAUCAGUCUUCACAGUGGCCUCAGGGAAUAUGCAGUCACCAGUGCUAUCAAAGAUAGCCGUUUUAGUCCCAUCGCCAAGGAAGAAUUCAGCAAGCUCCAUGUGUCUGUCUCCAUCCUGACCAACUUUGAGGAUGCCCGCGAUUACCUGGAUUGGGAGGUGGGAGUCCAUGGAAUCAGGAUAGAAUUCCUCAAUGAGAAAGGCCACAAGAAGACAGCUACCUACCUACCUGAGGUUGCCACAGAACAAGGAUGGGAUAUUCUACAGACAAUAGAUUCUCUUCUAAGGAAAGGUGGAUACAAGGGACCAAUAGACCAUGAAGUGAGAAAAUCACUCAAACUAACUCGUUACCGCAGUGAAAAAUUAACGCUAGGAUAUAACGACUAUGUGGCCAAUAAGCAGAACGGUCAUGCAUGAUGCCGGUGAAUUUUAGGAUUCGGGCAGCACCACACCUUGAUCACUGCAGUAUAAAAGAAGAACAAAAGCAGCAUGAAAACAGCGUACUAUAGAAGCAUAAAUGUAUAUGUCAGCAUAUGGUAAUAAGAAGAUAAUAGAAUCUGUGGUAUGAUUGGACAGAAUUUUACUGUGUACUGGUCGACUUUCCUUUGUUAUAAAUUGUAGUGAUUUUAGCCAGGGUUUGAGAUGAGUAUAUUUCCUAUUUUUUACACUUAGAAAUUUUUCUCGCCAUGAAUUGAAGUAUCACACAGAUGUUCUUGAAGUAAGAUGUACAGCGCUGUAUAUUUCUCUAUGUCAUUGGAUUUAUCUUGUAGAUAGACGCAAAUAUCUUCUGAUAGCCAUGGGGUAGAGAAUUGCCUAUACAUGUAUAUAUAUUUUUUUUUCUGAUCAGCUAAGUAGUGAGUUUCAUACUUGGAAUUUUCUUUAUCAUGUUACGCCCUUCUUAAAUUACUCCUCGUAGCAGUUUUUGCAUGCCUAGGUAAUUGAGUAGGUGAAUGGGUAUAAAUACAAAGACAGAGAUGAAAAUCUUAUACAUAUUUCUUUCCUUGCCCCAUUCUGUAGACAUUUUAAACACAAGUUUUGUACACAUCUCAAUUUUUUAAAAGUAUUUCUAAUAGUAGAUCCUAAAUCAAUUUAACUUUGAGUAUCAGGAAUUGUGGCAGAUACUCCAGUGCUCGUGUAUUUCAAUAUUUCUGCUGGAAAACUACUCUUAAAAAUACAGUAGAUAAUUUUGUGAGCACUGAAUAACAAUUUUAUGGACUUUUAGAAGGCAAUUUUUUAAGGAGACAUCCUGCUCAAAAUCCUACUUCCACCUCCUCGUGGUGAGCAGGGGGCAACAGAUUUAUAAUCUGGACAACGGAAGAGGUAGCCCUUCAAUGAAUGUUAACUCUGAAGAUGUUCGUAUGUUUUAAUAUUAAAUUUUCUGGUUUAUUUUUACCAUUCAUUAAAAAAAUGAUGUGUAGAAUCUUCAAUACUAUUAAUGUAUACUACUGUGGAGUUUCAGUUAAAAGGCUUUUUCAUUAUUUUAAAAAUACAUGAUCUGAAAUGCACACAAAAGAUGAUUUGAAAUAAGUUCUUGAAAAAAAAAAUGUUUAACUCUUAAAAACUAAUUUUCAGAUAACUUAAUCCUACAUCAUUUUAUUAUUUUUUUAGCCCUUGAAUCUCAUGUUUUAGUUAAGAUUUUAAAAUUUUUGAAGUUAACCAGAAGACAAACCAUAUACUGUGUGAUGAAAAAAUGUGUAAAAAUAUGAAUAUGCCUGUCAGCAUGGUCAUAAAUGACACUGAGUUUGCUUGAGAAGUUGACAUUUUCAUUCAGUGGUAUGAAAUAUUUCAGUGGUUUAGCUCAUAAGAAAUAUUCUUCCUUUUUUCAUAGAAAAAAAAUUGAUGUUGUUCAAUGCUAUAAGCAUUUAAAGUGAAAUGUUUUCUUAUAUUUAAAUUCAAAGUCACUGCAUUCUAAAGAAGAAUAAAAAUCCAGAAGAUCAGAUGGGUAUGUAAAUAUGUGUCAUAUACAUGAAAUAAAUGGCAGAUGAUCAGAGGGAUUAACUACUCAACUAGCAGUCUGAGUCAGGGUACUGCUUCAAAUUCACAUCUCAAUAUAUAGGACUUCAGAUCAUGGGUGAAAGAAAAGAAGACCUGUCUCACAUUUUAAUCCAACUGAAAUACAUUAAAUUUUAUCCCACACUUCAAGUUUUCCUUUUGACACUUUUAAUUGUCUUUAAUUGAAAUUCAAAACAUUAUGCUGUAAAUUUUUGUUCAGAAGGAAGAAACUCAUUUUGAACAUUUUUUGUUUAAUUAAUGUUAAUCACCAGUUAAAUGACUGUAUUUCAUUAUUCAAACUGUAAUAAAAGUUAGUUUUUUGUGUUUUUCUAACAUUCUAAGAUCUUCAAGCUCUCUAACUUGAAAAAUCUAAAACAUUUGAAUUUAAUGAAAUAUGUGAAAGGUUAAGUACUCUAAAAAUCUAGACAAAAUGCUUAUAUUUCUGUAAGAAUCAAACUUAUAAUUAUUUUAACAAUAUCGAAUUUAAGACAAAUGGGAUGAUUGCAAUAGCACAGUGCCUCUGUGACCUUGACCUAGAUUUGCUAUUUGACUAAGAUGGUGUGGCUUAUAAUUACACCUCAGGGAUAAAAUUUUUUAUUGAAUGACAUUGAAUUUUUAUUAUGAUUAUUGUGAUAAUUAUUACAUAGCAAGAACAGAAUUUGUUGUAUAGCAAAGAUUACUUUUUUUUUUUUUUAAAUUGUAACUGUUCAGUUCUUGGUAAACUUUAGAUGAAAAUUUCUAAUUUUAAAGAAUACUUUUUUUUGAAAGAACAAAAAGAGCUACAAUAUAUUUUGAAUUCAUCUUUUGAUUUAUUAUAAGAAAUUUCAGUGAAGGGGUUGUAAAUUUGAUGAUUUUUAUGUCAUCACUCUCUGGCUUUGGGGCCAUAAAACUUGGACAAGCUCACUUUUGAUCUCAGUCUCACUUUUCUACUAUACAGUAAAACUUGGUUACAACAAAGUCACUGAGACCUUUGAAAUUACUUCCCUAUAUCCAUUAUUUGUAUAUCCAUAUAAGGAAUUCGUCAUCAAAUGAAAAUUUUGGCGUAAAUUAUUCAAGUUUGAUACAUAAGGAUAAUAUUUCCAUAGAUAUUUUUUUCUUCCCCUCACUUUAUUUUUCCUAAAAUCGUUAGGCCGAUUUAGCCCAUUCGUGGAUUUAGCUCUUUGUUUAGCUGGGGGAUCCAAGAUAACUUCGCCAUAUCCGCAAAUUCACAAUACAUGUAUCUGUGUUCGUACUAAACAAGUUUUGCUGUAUAUUCCUUUGUAAAAGUAAGACUUAGAUCAAAAGCGAGCUUGUCUAGGUUUUAUGGCUUCCGAGUGUGGAGCUGAAAGGUCAUCUAGUUCUCAAUACUAGUAUUUUUUAUUCUUAGAAGUUAAUUCCUUGACAAGAAAUUAUUUAUACCAGUAUAAAAAUGUAAUUGUUUCAACAUUUCAAGACAUAAAGAUCCAUUUAGUGUUGGCUUUUUUCCAAAUUUGAACACACAUAUUUCUAGUUCUGUAGUUUUAAAGUCUAUAUUGGUGUAAUCUUUGUUAUUUUUAGUGUAAAAGUGGAUUUCAUGGAACUUUUACCACUGAUUAACAAGUACACAUAGUGUACUGGUAUUUGGAAUAGCAAUAAAGCUUUUAUCAAAUGCAUCAAUAUUAUGAAGUCAGUUUUGUGUAGUUUUCAACCUUGGUGUGUUCACAAUGUGUGUGUAUUGAAACUAGUUUAUUUGAGCUUGUCAUAAGAUUCCUUGACAAAAUAGUAUUAAAGCAAUUUAUCUGUGUAUGUUCAGCAGAAAGCACAUUUGUUUGAGUAGAGAGAAAAUUUAAACUUGAUUUGAUUCCAUCCAAAUGUUGCAGAUACUCUGCACGUAUUAAAAUGAUGAGUUUAUCCUAUUAUUAAGAUGAUAUUUGAGGCGGUGAUAUGCAUUACAAGUCUAAGGCAAGCAUAUCUAAAGCUCAUGAUUUUAUAUUUUUUAAUUGUAUUUAAUCAUUAUAUAUAUAUAUAUAUUGUAUUGUGUAGUCAUCAUUCAAUAAAUUCUAUAAGAUAUCA